AUGGGAGUAGCUUAAGGCGAGAGCUUUAAAUGAAAGUGAAUGUAAUGGACACAACGACCUUUAGACAAGGCUUAAAGUUAGACAAGAGUUAAACAUUUGAAAAUACAGAUAUUGAGAGAUAUUCACUGAAACAGACCUAAAGAGCAAUGGCACAAUCUCCACCAACACAACUGAAAGAAAAAGAGACCUGGAGAAAGAGUACAGAACUACUUCCAUCUCUGACAUGCUCAAGUGGUCCACUAACCGAGGAGCUUCAGUGUUCAGUGUGUCUGGAUGCGUUCACCAAUCCGGUCACCAUCCCAUGUGGACACAACUUCUGUAAGAGCUGCCUGAACCAGUGCUGGGACAAGAGUGAGGCCUGCUACUGUCCGCUCUGUAAAGAAAAAUUCAGCAAAAGACCAGACCUCAAGAUCAACACGGCUCUCAGACAAGUCGUGCAGCUCUUUAAAGAAAAGCCUGGUGCGACGACAUCUGAGGUUGUCUGUGACAUCUGUGAUGAUAGAAAGCUGAAAGCCCUGAAGUCCUGUCUGGUGUGUCAGAGCUCUUACUGUGAGACUCAUCUGGAGCCACAUCACAGAGUCCCACGAUUAAAAAAACACAAACUGGUAAACGCUGUCGAAAAUCUGGAGGACUAUAUAUGUGAGCAACACCAGAAAACUCUGGAGCUGUUCUGUAGAGACGACCAGACACCUGUGUGUCCAAUCUGUACUGUUACUGACCACAAGAACCACAACACUGUUCCUCUGGAGCAGGAGAGUGUGGAGAAGAAGACUCAAGUGAUGAAGACACAAGCAGAUGUGCAGCAGAUGAUUCAGGACAGAAUGAAGAAGAUUCAAGACAUCAAACACUCAGCACAACUCAGAAAGCAAAACAUGGAGAAAGUGAAGGUGGACAGCACUGAGUUCUUCGCUGCUCUGAUGCGCUCCAUUGAGAGAUGUGAGGCUGAGCUGCUGGAGAAGAUGGAGGAGAAAGAAGCAGAGAAACGUGAAGAAGCGCUCGUUGAAGAGCUUCGGAAGGAGAUCGCCCAGCUCAAGAGGAGAGACGCUGAGCUGGAGAAGCUCUCACACACGGAAGAUCACCUCCACUUCAUGCAGAAUUACUCAUCCAUGUGCAGAGCGCUCAACACUAAGCUGUUGCCUGAUAUCCGUGCCAGCACUCCUGUGAGUCUGAACACCAUCAGAGCAGCUCUGACUCAGCUGCAGCAGACUCUAGAUGAGAAACUCAGUCAAACCGAGCUUAAGAGGAUGCGCUUAUAUGCAGUGGAUGUGACUCUGGAUCCUGAUACAGCUCAUCCUAACCUCAUACUGUCUGAUGAUGGAAAACAAGUGAGCAACGGAGACGUUAAGCGCGAUGUCCCAGACACCCCGGAGAGAUUUGAUCACUGUGUCUUUGUAUUGGGGAAAGAGGGAUUCUCCUCAGGGAGGUUUUAUUUUGAGGUGCAGGUGAACAAGACUGGCUGGAAUGUUGGAGUGGCCAGAGAAUCUGUCGUGAGGAAAGGGAGAAUCACACUGACACCUCAGAACGGAUACUGGGUUAUAUGGCUGAGGAAUGAGGACGUAUACAAGGCUCUUGGAAACUCCACGAUCGUCCUCUCCAUGAGAACGAAGCCCCAGAAGAUAGGAGUGUUUGUGGAUUACGAGGAAGGUCUGGUCUCCUUUUACGAUGUGAAGUCAAGGUCUCAUAUUUACUCUUUCACCGGCCAGACCUUUAAUGGGAAACUCCAUCCAUAUCUUUGCCCGUUACGAAACAAUGAAGGUAAAAACUCAGCCUCGCUGAUCAUCUCGCCUGUCGAUUGCAACGAAUGAAUGUACACUCCAUUUAUGAAAAAACUAUUUCAAAAGAAAGUUCUCUAAACAAGGAGUUAAAUGAUGUAUGUAAACGAUGAGAGAAUUUUAAUUUGUGAAUUAUCCUUUGAGGAGGCUUACCUUACUUAAAGUCUUCCAGCUCCACUCCUUUUCACAGAACCCGUUUUAAACAAUCUAUGAGAAUGAAUGGCCACACAGCUCUGCUUCUCCUCACAAGAGAAAACGCAGACACUUACAGCUGUGUGAACACACUAGUGGAGUAACAAACACUGAAAUAUUCCAGAGAGGUCAUUAAUUUAAAUGUUUCUUUUUACACACGGUGAAAGUGAAAUUGCAUGUUAAACAUUACAACAAUUUUGAAUAGAUGAAAUAAAAUGACGACGUAUGAAUUGUA